UCAUAAUGUACGAGUUUUUGCUGUAUUGUUGUCUACUGCUUACAACACCAUGGAUUUUACUGACACAUGCCGCUUGUCCGGACCCAACACCUACAAACGGAAGCUCCACCCUGUACGACAGUGGCCAGUUCGCGCUGAUAUCAUGCGAUACGGGAUUUACCAUGAAUGGGGAGGAUUACAUUGAAUGUGUCAACGACACGUGGUCGACCAAUACCACGUGUCAAAUUGUAGAUUGUGGUGACCCUACUCCUACUAGCGGAAGUGUGGACAGCGGCGACACCACUUACCUUUCUGUUGUCACUGUCACGUGCGAUUCUGGUUAUGACAUCAGUGGAAGUGACGUCAUCACAUGUCAAAGCACGGGUAGCUGGAACGCUACUCCGACUUGUGAACGGAAAGUUCUUAUAUAA